GCUCUGUUCCACGAGGUUCUGUUCGUGAGAGACCCUGAGUCUGUUCUGUGACCACCGCGAUGCCCAAGGCCAAGGGUAAGACGCGGAGGCAGAAGUUCGGUUACAAUGUCAACCGAAAGCGGAUGAAUCGGCAUGCUCGGCGGAAGGCUGCGCCGCGGAUUGAGUGCUCUCACAUCCGACAUGCCUGGGACCACGCCAAAUCGGUGCGGCAGAACCUGGCCGAGAUGGGGCUGGCCAUGGACCCCAACAAGGUCCUGCCCCUCCGAAAAAGAAAGGUGCAUGCCAUGGAGGUGGAUGGCGGGAGGAGGAAGGAGCUCGUGCGGAAGCCCUAUGUGUUGAACGAGCUGGAGGCAGAAGCCAGCCUCCCCGAAAAGAAGGACCAUUCCCUGUCACGGGACCUCGUUGACUACGUCCGCUACAUGGUGGAGAACCAUGGAGAGGACUACAAGGCCAUGGCCCGGGAUGAGAAGAAUUACUAUCAAGAUACCCCAAAACAGAUUCGGAAUAAGAUCAACGUCUACAAGCGUUUUUACCCUGCCGAGUGGCAGUCUUUCGUGGACUCUCUGCAGAAGAAUCAGAUGGAAGUAGAGUGACGGAGUUGUCCCCAUCGGAGGGCUCCCCUGGGCCAGAGCAGCUCGAGCCAGCCAAGGGUUAGGGCCAGAAGGGGGUUUUGAUUGACAGGCAAGACUGGCCCACCCUCCUGGAGCCCACACCUGGGAGGACCCAUUCCAGAGGCUCUUGUUCACAUUCUUCCGGAGGCUGAGGGAAAGCCUGAACCUUCUCUUGAGUAGGAGGGUUGCUUGGUGUACGUAAUAAAACAAGGCUGUUUGA